AUGAGAAUCCCUCUCACCGCAUCUCUCUGUUGUUUGUUUGCCUUUCCUUUUCUCCACAUCUCUGUUGUCUGCUUGCCUUUCUUUUUCUCCACAUCUCCCUGUUGUCUGCUUGCCUUUCCUUUUCUCCACAUCUCUGUUGUUUGCUUGCCUUUCCUUUUCUCUCUGUUGUUUGCUGGCCUUUCUCUCUCUCCACAUCUCCAUGUUGUUUGCUUUCCUUUCCCUCUCUCCACAUCUCUCUGUUGUUUGCUUGCCUUUCCUUUUCUCUCUGUUGUUUGCUGGCCUUUCUCUCUCUCCACAUCUCUUUGUUGUUUGCUUGCCUUUCCUUUUCUCCACAUCUCCCUGUUGUUUGCUUUCCUUUCCCUCUCUCCACAUCUCUCUGUUGUUUGCUUGCCUUUCCUUUUCUCCACAUCUCCCUGUUGUUUGCUUGCCUUUCCUUUUCUCUCUGUUGUUUGCUGGCCUUUCUCUCUCUCCACAUCUCCAUGUUGUUUGCUUUCCUUUCCCUCUCAUCUCUCUGUUGUUUGUUUGCCUUUCCUUUUUCUCUCUGUUGUUUGCUGGCCUUUUUCUCUCUCUCCACAUCUCUUUGUUGUUUGCUUGCCUUUCUUUUUCUCCACAUCUCCCUGUUGUUUGCUUUCCUUUCCCUCUCUCCACAUCUCUCUGUUGUUUGUUUGCCUUUCCUUUUCUCUCUCUGUUGUUUGCUGGCCUUUCUCUCUCUCCACAUCUCUUUGUUGUUUGCUUGCCUUUCCUUUUCUCCACAUCUCCCUGUUGUUUGCUUUCCUUUCCCUCUCUCCACAUCUCUCUGUUGUUUGCUUGCCUUUCCUUUUCUCUCUGUUGUUUGCUGGCCUUUCUCUCUCUCCACAUCUCUUUGUUGUUUGCUUGCCUUUCCUUUUCUCCACAUCUCCCUGUUGUUUGCUUUCCUUUCCCUCUCUCCACAUCUCCCUGUUGUUUGCUUUCCUUUCCCUCUCUCCACAUCUCUCUGUUGUUUGCUUGCCUUUCCUUUUCUCUCUGUUGUUUGCUGGCCUUUCUCUCUCUCCACAUCUCUUUGUUGUUUGCUUGCCUUUCCUUUUCUCCACAUCUCCCUGUUGUUUGCUUUCCUUUCCCUCUCUCCACAUCUCUCUGUUGUUUGUUUGCCUUUCCUUUUCUCCACAUCUCUGUUGUUUGCUUGCCUUUCCUUUUCUCCACAUCUCUCUGUUGUUUGCUUGCCUUUCCUUUUCUCCACAUCUCUCUGUUGUUUGCUUGCCUUUCCUUUUCUCCACAUCUCCCUGUUGUUUGCUUUCCUUUCCCUCUCUCCACAUCUCUCUGCUGUUUGCUUGCCUUUCCUUUUCUCCACAUCUCUGUUGUUUGCUUGCCUUUCCUUUUCUCCACAUCUCUGUUGUUUGCUUGCCUUUCCUUUUCUCCACAUCUCUCUGUUGUUUGCUUGCCUUUCCUUUUCUCCACAUCUCUGUUGUUUGCUUGCCUUUCCUUUUCUCCACAUCUCUCUGCUGUUUGCUUGCCUUUCCUUUUCUCUCUGCUGUUUGCUUGCCUUUCCUUUUCUCCACAUCUCUCUGCUGUUUGCUUUCCUUUCCCUCUCUCCACAUCUCCCUGUUGUCUGCUUGCCUUUCUUUUUCUCCACAUCUCCCUGUUGUCUGCUUGCCUUUCCUUUUCUCCACGUCUUUCUGCUGUUUACUUGCCUUUCCUUUUCUCCCUGUUGUCUGCUUGCCUUUCCUUUUCUCCACAUCUCUCUGCUGUUUGCUUUCCUUUCCCUCUCUCUAUGUGUCUCUGCACUCGUUUCCCUCUGGAUGGAGCAUGUCAGCAAUGAUUAUUUCUUUUCUCUCUAUCACCCUCUCUGUCAUUUACUCCUUUUUCUUCCUACACUCUCUCUUUCAUGGGCUACUUAGUUUUGCUUCCCUUCUCUGGUGUUUGUUCUAUUUCCCUCUUUUUCCACAUCUGUUGUUUGCUUCCCUUUCUCUCUCUCUUUGCAUCUGUCAUUUGCUUCCCUUUCUCUUUCUCUCUUUCCACAUCUGCUUCCCUUUCUCUUUCUCUCUUUCCACAUCUGCUUCCCUUUCUCUUUCUCUCUUUCCACAUCUGCUUCCCUUUCUCUUUCUCUCUCUCCACAUCUGCUUCCCUUUCUCUUUCUCUCUCUACAUCUGCUUCCCUUUCUCUUUCUCUUUCUCUCUCUCCACAUCUGCUUCCCUUUCUCUUUCUCUCUCUCCACGUCUGCUUCCCUUUCUCUUUCUCUCUCUCCACAUCUGCUUCCCUUUCUCUCUCUCUACAUCUGUCGCUUGCUUCCCUGUUCCUUUCUCUUCAUAUCUAUCAUUUGUGUCUUCUCCUCUUUUUCCCUCCUCCUCCCUUGCUUGUCACCCUUUCUCUUUCCUUGUUUGCUUUCCUCUUUUUCCUCUUAUUCCCUCUUUCUUUAUUUCUUAUUCUUUUUUCUUUCAUUUCCAUGUUCUCUUCUCUCUUUUUGUUGAUCUUUAUUCUUCUACCACUGAUAUCUAUUUAUCUAUCUAUCUAUCUAUCUAUCUAUCUAUAUAUAUAUAUAUAUAUAUAUAUAUCUCUCUCUCUCUAUCUCUCUCUCUCUCUCGCAAGGGUAAAUUUCUUUCCCAACCAACUGUCCCCCAUUUACAAGUUAAUUUAUUGCAUCAUUUUCUUUCUACCCACCUGCCACGACCAUUGUCAUUAAAUCUCUCUUUCUUUGUCUACAAUGAUUUUUUUCUUUUAGUUGGAAUUUUCUUUUUCUAUUCCAUUCUUGGAGAGUUAUUCUUUUUUCUUUCUCUUUUCAUACCUUCCUCCUUCCCCUCUUUUCAUACCUUCCUCCUUCCCCUCUUUUCAUACCUUCCUCCUUCCCCUCUUUUCAUACCUUCCUCCUUCCCCUCUUUUCAUACCUUCCUCCUUCCCCUCUUUUCAUACCUUCCUCCUUCCCCUCUUUUCAUACCUUCCUCCUUCCCCUCUUUUCAUACCUUCCUCUUUCUCCUCUUUUUCAUACCUUUCCUUCCCCUCUUUUCUUUACCUUCCUCCUUCCCCUCUUUUCAUACCUUCCUCCUUCCCCUCUUUUCAUACCUUCCUCCUUCCCCUCUUUUCAUACCUUCCUCCUUCCCCUCUUUUCAUUCCUUCCUCUUCACUCUGUUUUCCUUCCUCCUUACCCUCUUUGUUUUCCUCCCUUUUCACUUUCUUUGUUUUCAUCCCUCUUCACCCUCUUUGCUUUUCUUCUUCUUUCUCCCCUUGUUUUCCUUCCUCCUUUCCCUACCUUUGUUUUCACUCUUCAUGUCCUUCAUUGAUUUUUUUUUCAUUUUUCCUUCUUUCAUUCUUAGUAGAACUAAAAAUAAAUUGUUUUCUCUGAAUUUUCCCCUCUCUGUUUGCAUCAUAUGCACCUCUCAGUUGCUCCCCCUUUCUCUCCGGCUCUUGUUGCUCCCCCUUUCUCUCCGGCUCGUGUUGCUUCCCCUUUCUCUCCGGCUCGUGUUGCUCCCCCUUUCUCUCCGGCUCUUGUUACUCCCCCUUUCUCUCCGGCUCUUGUUACUCCCCCAUCUUCUUCGGCUCUUGUUACUCCCCCCCCCAUCUUCUCGGCUCGUGUUACUCCCCAUCCUCUCCGGCUCUUGUUUCUCCCCCAUCCUCUCCGGCUCGUGUUGCUCCCCCAUCCUCUCCGGCUCUUGUUUCUCCCCCAUCCUCUCCGGCUCGUGUUACUCCCCCAUCCUCUCUGACUCGUGUUGCUCCCCCAUUCUCUCUGGCUCGUGUUGUUUUCCCAUCUUCCAUCUCUCUUCCCAUUCUUUCCUUUCUUCACAUUGUCUUCCCAUUCUCACUUUCUGUCUCUGUUCCUGUCUCUCUUCCCUUUCUCUUGUCUCCUCCCGUUCUCUCUUCACAUUCAUCCAACCCAGAUUCGCUUUUGUGCUCCUCCUAUUUAACUCCUCAUGUCUCUCUCUCCUUUUUGUGCCAGUUUUAGCUCUUUACUCCCCCUCCAUUGAUCAUUUGGCUCUCUUCUCUGCCUCUCUCCACAUUUUUGCUCUCUGCUCCAGCCUCCCCUACAUUUUUGAUCUAUUCUGUUAUGGCCUCUCCCACGUUUUUGAUCUAUUCUCCUCCGGCCUCUCCCACGUUUUUGAUCUAUUCUCCUCCGGCCUCUCCCACGUUUUUGAUCUAUUCUCCUCCGGCCUCUCCCACGUUUUUGAUCUAUUCUCCUCCGGCCUCUCCCACGUUUUUGAUCUAUUCUCCUCCGGCCUCUCCCACGUUUUUGAUCUAUUCUCCUCCGGCCUCUCCCACGUUUUUGAUCUAUUCUCCUCCGGCCUCUCCCACGUUUUUGAUCUAUUCUCCUCCAGCCUCUCCCCACCUCUUUGCAAUAUUCUCCUCCUCUCCCCACCUCUUUGCAAUAUUCUCCUCCUCUCCCCACCUCUUUGCAAUAUUCUCCUUCUCUCCCCACCUCUUUGCAAUAUUCUCCUCCUCUUCCCACCUUUUGGUAAUAUUCUCGUCCUCUCCCCACCUCUUUGCAAUAUUCUCCUCCUCUCCCCACCUUUUUGUAAUAUUCUCGUCCUCCCCUCACCGUUUUUGCAAUAUUCUCCUCCUCCCUUCACUUUUCUCUCUUCUCCUCCCUUCACUUUUCUCUCUUCUCCUCCCUUCACUUUUCUCUCUUCUCCUCCCUUCACUUUUCUCUCUUCUCCUCCCUUCACUUUUCUCUCUUCUCCUCCCUUCACUUUUCUCUCUUCUCCUCCCUUUUUUCUCUUCUCCUCCUUCACUUUUUCUCUUCUCCUCCCUUCACUUUUUCUCUUCUCCUCCUCCUCCCUCCACUUUUCUCUCUCCUCCCCCCUCCCCCCUCCGUCUUUUUGCUUUCUUUUCUCUUGUCUCAUCUUUUUUCUCUCUUUUCCCUCUACCUCUGUCCUUUACCUUUUGUACUCCUCCUCCCCCCUACCUUUUUGUUCUCAUUUCCCUACCUCCCCCUUUUUGCUAUCUUUUUCUCUUCUUUCCCUCCUUUGUUCAUCCCCCUUUACUGUUCUUUCUACUUUUCCUUUUGUACACUCUCCCUCUCUGAUGGUUCCAUCUAACUCAAAUUUUCUGCUCUCAUCUCCUUCUCGCAUUAGUUUUUCCUGCUAUUCGUUUUCCUUCUCUUUCUCUGUUCAAGAUUUUCUUUCUGACAUACACUUCAUCUUCUUCAUCCUUUAUUUUACUUCUUAG